AUGGCUUCCUCACAUCCCCCAAACGGAGAAGACGAAUCUUUAGAAGAUGAGCCCGCUCUCCUAGACGCCGCAGAAGCGGCAGAAGAGAUACCCUCGGACCUCGACGAACACAUGGAUUCCGACCCCGACGAUGACCCCCAAGAAGCCGAAAUCCAGCUCCAAAACGACUCAAAAGCCCACUUCGACUUGCAUACCGAUUCCAUCUUCACGAUAGCCCAACAUCCUCUUGAUCCCUCUAUAAUAGCCACUGGCGGAGGCGAUGACACUACUUACGUCUUCUCCGCCGAACUCCCCUCUCCUGUCCUCCCUACAUCCUACGAAUCCAAUCCUUCGGCUGGCCGUCCCUCCUUGCAGCCCAUCGCCAAACUUACAGGCCAUACGGACAGCAUCAAUGCGCUAGUAUUCACGUUACCAAAUGGCGACUAUCUCCUCAGUGGGGGCCUCGACGGCCGUCUGCGCGCCCAUAGCACGAAAACCCAGUCGUACCCUCUAGUCGCAGAAGCGCAAGAAGUGCCCGAGAUCAACUUUCUCGUACCUUGUCCAAACCCUUCAUAUCCAAAUACUAUUGCUCUAGGCGCUUCAGAUGGCAGUGUCUGGGUCUACACGAUCGAUGCAACGGAUGAAGGAGCCCCACUGCAAGUAAUACAGGCAUACUACUUACAUACGGAGUCAUGUACCGCUGGAGCGUGGACACCGGAUGGGAAAAUGCUUGCAACAGUCAGCGAAGAUGGAAGCCUCUACGUUUGGGACGUUUUUGGGGAGGCCUCCGCCGCUGGCGCUGUAGGGAGCGCAGGGAGCCAGGCCGUGGUUGGCUUGACGACGGAAGACCAGAGAUUCGCAGUCGAAGGAGGCUUAUUCAGCGUUGCCGUUGCGCCAGGAGGUGCCUUUGCUGUGGUCGGUGGAGCAGGAGGAAUGAUAAGAGUUGUUGGUCUACCACGGCUCGCUGCCACGCCGGCGUCGGCUACGCAAGGCAUGAAAGGUGGAGGCUCCAAAAACAAGAGUGGAGGAGGUAGGAAAGCUGGUGGUACUGAGGGCGCAAGCUCAGGACAGGCAGGGCAAAUACUUGCGAGUCUCCAAGCACAAGGAGAUUCAGUGGAGACACUUGCUUUCAGCGCACCACCACUUACUCUACUCGCAGCCGGAAGUGUGGAUGGGGACAUCAUGCUCCUCGACACUGCGCAUCGGUUUGCCGCAAGACGGCACAUACGGGAAGCGCAUGAGGGAUUCGCGGUUGUGAAAGUUGAAUUCGUGCCUGGUUCUACGGGAUAUCUACUCACGAGCUGUGGGCUUGACGGAGUGGUGAGGAGGUGGGAUACAAGAGGUGGAACAGCGGCGAGUGGACAGGGGCUUGUUGAAGAGUGGAGAGGUCACAGAGGAGAAGGGGAGGGUGGAGGGGUGCUGGGUUUUAUGCAAGGAGGAGGGAAGAGGAUUGUGACGGCUGGGGAUGAUGGUGUGAGCUUAAUCUUCGAGACGACCACCUAG